AUGGCCACUGUGCGGGAAUGGUCCUGCACCCGCUGUACUUUCCUGAAUCCCGUGGGACAGCGCCAAUGCUCCAUCUGCGAGGCCCCCCGCCAGAAGCCCGACCUCAAUCACAUCUUGCGCCUGAGCGUGGAAGAGCAGAAGUGGGCCUGCGCCCGGUGCACCUUCCGGAACUUUGUGGGCAAAGAGGCCUGCGAGGUGUGCGGCUUCACCCCCGAACCCGGCCCCGGGGGCUCCCCUCUGCCAAUCCUCAAUGGGGUCCUGCCGAAACCCACCGUCCUCGUAGAGCCCAAAGCCAGCUGCAAGGAGGAGUUGCCCCAAAUGGAGAGCCCUGUUGAAGAUUCGGGGGGGAAGAGCCCCGAGGAGGCAGAGCUGGAGGAGGGCUGGGCCUGCCAACGCUGCACCCUCCACAACACCCCCGUCGCGAAUUCUUGCUCGGCCUGCGGGGGCCCCCGAAAGCUCUCCCUGCCCAAGAUCCCUCCGGAGGCAUUGGUGGUCCCCGAAAUCAUCACUCCCGCCGGUUUCCAGAUCGCACCCGCCACCGAGACCCCGGAGGGCCACCCGGCCGCCAACCAAGGCACAAUCCUUGUGGAGGAAGAGAGCCAGAAGAUGCCAGCCUUCAGCCUUUUCUCCCCGGGUCUCCAGAACAACCCCGUUCCCCGUAGCCGCCGAGAGGUUCCCCCGCAACUCCAGCCCCCGGCUCCCGAAGCUUCCCAACCGGCGUCUCCACCAACCCCCGUCCAGAAGGCCAUCCACUUCCAGGAAAUGAUGGCGACCAAGCGGCUGAGCAUGCUGGAGGAAGAGAUGGACAUCAGCGUGCCGUCCUGGCAGUGCAGCACCUGUUCCCUGGUCAACACCUCGGGGAGCGAGGCCUGCGAGGCCUGCAGCAGCCAGAAGGGCAGCGACACUAUCGACCUGACGGGCGACUCCGUUCGCUUCACCCCCUGCGGGCCCUCCAGCCCCGACUUCACCACCUGGUCCUGUUCCAAGUGCACCUUGAAGAACCCCAACGCUUCCCAGAAGUGCAAAGCCUGCGGCUCCUCCAAAUUACAUGGCUUUCAGGAACAUAGCUUGCAGCCCGACCCAGCUCCCAAGUGUCCCGAAUGCGGCUCGGACAAAGGCCGAUGUGUGGCUUGCAGCACCCGUGCUCCUUCUGCCCGCAAAGUCGCCCGUCUCUUCCCCUUGCAGCCCCCGGUCACCCCCGAGCGCGCCAGCCAGUGGGCGUGCCCAGCUUGCACACUCCUCAACGAGCUGAAGGCCAAGCACUGCCUUGCCUGCCACACUCCCCAAGUCUACAUGGCGCAGCGCAGGGGCAUCAAGCCGCUGCGGCGGCGCGAGAGCAUGCACGUGGAGAAGCGACGGCAGACGGACGAGGGGGAGGCCAAAGCCCUCUGGGAGAACAUUGUCUCCUUCUGUCAAGAGAACAAGGUGAACUUCGUGGAUGACAGCUUUCCCCCCGGCCCAAAGUCGGUUGGCUUUCCCGAAGGAGACAGCGUCCAGCAGCGAGUCAAACAGUGGCUGAGGCCUCACGAAAUCAACUGCAAUAUCUUCAAAGACCGGUCGGUCAAGUGGUCAGUUUUCCGGACACCCCGACCUUCAGAUAUCCUGCAGGGACUCCUGGGAAACUGUUGGUUCCUGAGUGCGCUGGCAGUGCUAGCGGAGCGGCCCGAGUUGGUGGAAAGGGUCAUGAUCACACGGACCAUGUGCCCCGAGGGGGCUUACCAAGUCCGGCUAUGCAAAGAUGGCACCUGGACCACCGUGCUGGUGGAUGACAUGCUGCCCUGCGAUGAGUGUGGCUAUCUCCUCUUCUCCCAGGCUCAGAGGAAACAGCUAUGGGUGGCUCUGAUUGAGAAGGCCUUGGCCAAGCUCCACGGCUCAUACUUCGCCCUCCAAGCAGGGCGCGCCAUCGAAGGCCUGGCUACGCUGACCGGCGCUCCCUGCGAGAGCUUGAUGCUGCAGGUCAGCUCCACUAACCCCCGCGAGGAGGCCAUUGACACUGAUCUCAUCUGGGCCAAAAUGCUGAGUUCUAAGGAGGCUGGCUUCCUCAUGGGAGCAUCCUGCGGAGGAGGCAACAUGAAGGUGGAUGAUGCGGCCUACGAAAGCAUGGGUCUUCGCCCACGACAUGCGUACUCCAUAUUGGAUGUACGAGACGUGCAAGGACGCAGGUAA